GACUCUAACAAAAGUACGCACACACAAACACGCGCGCGCAUACACACAUGUAUACGUGAUUCACUCACACACAUACAUUACCUCGUCGUCUCCUUCCAAUUCUCGGACAGCUUUGCCUUUCCCUCUGUAUACAUCACUGACAACAUCCUCCUUGUCUUCGCCCACUUCUCUCAUCCCCCGCCCACUCCUAUCUUCCCCUGUCCUGCCCGCUUCCCUUUCCAUGUCCCACCAGUCGCGCAUCAGCAUGGAGCUCAGAAGUACCUGUGUUCUCACUGUCCUGACGGGCGCACGACUCGACGUGGACACUUUCUCUAGUUGCAAAACAGAUCGGCAAUCUGUCUUUGUUUCUGAUUUCCAUCACUUUAUUGCCUUCGUAAACUUCAGAUGUGUAGUAGGAUUUUUUUUUUUGUGGGUGGGAAUGGAGGUCAAAGACUAACAGACAAUAAGCAAAACCUGGAUGGUGUUUGUCUGGCAAACAACAAUCUUCAAUUCAUAUCACAUGUCGCUGUAAUCAUUUUUUUUAUUAUUAUUAUUUUACAAAAGGUGUGAGUUUAAAACAGGAGCAUUCCCUUCGACCUGCUUAAACAGGACGAGCUUUCGCUUGAGUUGGUUUCUCUCUUUCAUAUUUCUCAAGGUAGAUGAUGAUGAUGCGAGAAAUGUCACAACAUCCUGCCUCUGCUCCAAUUUAAUGUCAUCAUUUUAAUUAAUAAUCACACGAGAUUUCCAGAGAAGUUUUCAAAAUCCACGAAAAUUAUCUUCGUAGAAAAGUAAAUAAAACGGUGUUGUAUGGAGAGUUCUACUCUCUGGAAUCUAUCCAUGGAAGAGCAGGAGGCACACGAUAACUUCAUUCCAUCGUUCCUUCCCUCGUCGAUGUGGAGGAGAGGUUGUAUGAUUGGCAUGCAUGUCCGGUGUUGUCCCUGGGUCGUGAUGGAGCUCAUUCUGAGCAAAAUGUCCAACACCUGAUUUCUUUUUCACGUGGUUCAAGAAGUUGAUUUCCUCCUCUCUUCUUUUCAUUUAAGGACUUUGUGUUUUCUGAGCAUGCGUACGAGUUGACGAGAGGUAAUAAAUACUUGACUUUCAGCGAUGACAGGGGCUGCCAAGACACACUUGGACAAGAGGGAUUCCUUCACCUGGAAUUCAAGGAAAGGAGGGAAGUUUAUAAAGGGAACCUCCCUCUCUCCAUCCAAACCCUCCCCUGGGGCUAAAGGAGAGGCCUUCUUGUGCUUGUUUUUCCACGGAAGAUACAUGACUGCUGUCCCGGCGUUCCCCACUCCCUACCACCACUCCGUCGCCUUUUUUUUUUUUUUUUUUCAUUCUUUGCUGCUCGUCCUCCGCCCUCGUCUGUGCAGUAUUCGUCACCAAACUAAGUUUGCGGAAACCUGCAGCUUGCAACCACACCACAGACGGCGUGAACGAUCUCUGGAGCUGAAGUUGCACUGUGGUCCUUUGUUUUCACUCGGUUACAUAACUGAGAGGAAGGCGAGGGACGGUCGUUGCAUUAUCGUCUGACGACCAGUGAGGGCGAAAGGGGAUAAGAUGGGGAAGAAGAAAGAAAAGAUUAGCAGCACUGUACCAUGCAGAGCAGCAACAACAGCAACUAUCGAGGUCGACAGUACCUACUAUAAUCUGACUUCCACCAGCAACCACCCCCACCACAACCACGAUCACGUAGGCAGCGCAGGUGCGAGACGCAAGAGUUCACCACAAGAUAAUCAGACAUCUGCGCAUCCUGUCGCCCAGUCAGUAAACACUACACAAUCUUCAUCCGCGUCGUCGUCCUCAUCUUCAGCAAUGAGUUCCGAGAGCGAAGCCGGCGGGCCGCACCUGUCCCUAAUGCAGCGUCCGCCCAUGCAUCCCGCCAUGCUGGGAAUCCCCCAACACUCCUACUUUCCCGGCCCCUACGGGAUGCCUCCGCUAGGCUACGGCCCCCAUGCAGCAAUGAUGGGACACAUGAUGCCUCCCUACUCCUCCCCGCCCUUUCCUCCUUUCGGCCCAGCUCUCGGCGGUGGAGGGCCUGGAGCAGGACUGGGGAUUCCCCGCCAGUUCCCCCACGAAGACCACGACACUGAUGACAGGGUACAUAAGUUGAAGAACCCUAAUGAUUAUGGAGCACCCCUCCCUGAGGCAAUUUGUCAUCUUAAUGGCCAUUCUCUUUCUUUUAGCCUUUGUCGCACUUAUCGUCACUGCGAUCUACUUCGGACGCACGAUGGAUACCAGCUGGAGAGUCUAAGAACACCAGUGUCCAUUUUAUUAUACCUUUCUUUUGAUUCAUCCCCCAACCUACACACGCAUACAUACUUUCCGAAAAAUUUAAAACUCUGAUACUUUGUAAGCCGGCGCUUAUUUCUAACCUGGACGCCAGAACUAUGAGACCUGCUCUUGUCCAUUUUGCGCCUUAUAGUACAGAGACUGCUCCGUUAACUCCAAUAAAGACCACUACUCCCCUCCAGAACAAAAUAAACACAAUUUGCUAAAAGCAAGAGGUUGCCAUGUGACCAUGUGGUCUGAGGAGAGUGAAGCGGAGAACGGAGAGGUUAGAGUGCCGGUGUCCCAACUGAGAGGUGAGCGGUUCGAUUCUCGGUGAAUUUCCCUCAGCGGACCAGCUUAGGUUUGUGGAAAGUAAAGCUGGUCACGAGAAAAGGAAACCAAGUUUUAACCGAGCCACACAUCCUCAAUUUAUGCAAGAGUUAAGAUAUAUAAAGUCAGUGCGUAGGUAGCAAAUGCUGUCACUACACAGGUGAAAGCAACAUUGGUAUCUCCUCACUUUAAUUAGCUUUCAGAUUUGUUCAUUACUGCAUUCAUACAAGCAUUAUCCUACUUAUUGAACAUAAAUAAUACUUUUUUAAUAUUCCCUUAAUCUGUCUUAAUCGCUAGAUUUUUCUUAUUCCUAGGCCAUAGAGUCCAAAACAUAAAGAAAGGUUCGAAGUAUGUACAUACAAAGCACAAGCAAGGUAUGAUUUCGCUUGCUUAUAUAUAAAUAUAUCUUUAAUAUUGUGUACAUCACACCUUUUAUGGAAAAGAUACAAUUGUAACACAUUUUGUAUAACGAGUAUUACAAUCAAGCUUUAUUCCUUUUCUAUAUUUUAUUUUACAUUUAUAAAGCAAACGUUUCUUGUAAAAUAUAACGUUUAUAAAAUAUAAUGCAGCUAUUCAUAUAUAUAUAUAGAGAGAGACAUAUGUACACUUUUAUUUUUACUUCCUCCACUCGAAAAAAUGACUUUGUUAUUUAAUACUAAAGUACGAUAUUCAUUUAUAACUGUAAGAUGCUGAGACACUGAGAUAAAAAAAAACUGACAUGUUUUUGUUGCCUUCGCUUGGAGGUAAUAAAAAGAAAAUAACAGCAUAA